CACUCAGACUACGUGUUCCUCUGCAGCAGGUGCAGGCCCAGCAGUCACCAUUUCUAAUAACUUUCAUGUGGAUUCUGAUAGCAGUGACUCUUCAGACUCAGAGUCUGAUCUCCUAUUGGGCUUUCUGGACACUCUGGACCCAGAGAUGUUUCUCAGGUGUGCCGAUUCAGAGUCAAUGGGCCUGGAAAAGCUGGAGGAAGAGAUCUGUGGAGAAACGAACUCCAUACCAACCUCCCCCUCUACUUCUUUGGGGUCCCCAUCAGCUAAGCUGGAGGCCAUUAAUGAACUGAUAAGGUUUGAUCAUGUGUACACAAAACCCCUAAUGCUGGAGAUUCCUGUUAAAAUGGGCAACCAAACCAAUAUGCUAGUGAAAAUUGAGGAAGUAUCUCUCUCCCUAUCUGAAGAUAAAACUGCCCCUGAGGUCCCGGUGUCUGUCAAAGAAGAACCUGUAGAAAGCUUCAUGCCUGAACUGGGCAUCUCUCAUCUGCUUUCCUGUCAUUGUAGCCUUGCAGCCUCAAGCUAUCUUUUGGAUGCCUGUAGUGACUCUGGAUAUGAAGGAUCCUUUUCACCCUUCAGUGACAUGUCCUCUCCACUUGGCACUGGCCAUGCUUGGGAGGAUAGCUUUGCCAAUGAACUUUUUCCCCAGCUGAUCAGUGUUUAACUCAGUAAUGCUAACUCCCCUUGGAUAACUGUCCUGGCAGGAUAACAAGUUAUGGCACUUUGGGAUGU